CAACUUCGCCAAGAAGGCUCCCAACUCCCGGGCCACCCCGCCAGGCAGAGGGGGCGCUGCUGCCGGCCACCAGCCGCGAGAACGCGCCGCUGGCCCUCGAGAGGGAGCCAGCAUCUGCGGGGUCGCUCGGGCACCCCAGAGUGGGCGGCGGCGGCCGUGGACGCUUCUCACGGGCGGCGGAGACCUGCGAGCGCUGGGGAUUCCUCCAGGGCGGGCGCUCGCUUUCUCUUUUAUGGAGCUUGGGCCUCUGCCCCAGGCUACUGGAGGCUGUGGCUGUCUGCACUCCAGAAGCCAGUUUCUGCGCCCCGGGACCCACCCCAGGCUCCAAGGACUGGAAGCACCCUCGAGGUAGCAGCGGCCUGCGCAGGCUCCUGCCCCGCUCCAGGAACCAUGGGCCAGAAGCUCUCCGGAAGCCUCAAGUCCGUGGAGGUGCGCGAGGCUGCUCUGCGGCCCGCCAAACGCGAGCCGCAUGGGGCUGAGCCCGGGCGGCCGGCGCGGCUGGACCAGCUGCUGGACAUGCCGGCGGCCGGGCCGGCCCUGCAGCUGCGGCACGCGUGGAACCCCGAGGACCGCUCGCUCAACGUCUUCGUCAAGGACGACGACCGGCUCACCUUCCACCGGCACCCGGUGGCGCAGAGCACGGACGGCAUCCGCGGCAAGGUGGGCCACGCGCGCGGCCUGCACGCCUGGCAGAUCACCUGGCCCGCGCGGCAGCGCGGCACGCACGCCGUGGUGGGAGUAGCCACAGCGCGUGCGCCCCUGCACUCGGUGGGCUACACGGCGCUGGUGGGCAGCGAUGCCGAGUCGUGGGGCUGGGACCUGGGCCGCAGCCGCCUCUACCACGACGGCAAGAACCGGCCCGGCGUCGCCUACCCGGCCUUUCUGGGGCCCGACGAGGCCUUCGCGCUGCCGGACUCGCUGCUCGUUGUGCUGGACAUGGAUGAGGGCACGCUUAGCUUCGUCGUGGACGGCCAGUAUCUCGGCGUGGCCUUCCGUGGCCUCAAGGGCAAGAAGCUGUACCCUGUGGUCAGCGCCGUGUGGGGCCACUGCGAGGUCACCAUGCGCUACAUCAACGGCCUUGACCCCGAGCCCCUGCCGCUCAUGGACCUGUGCCGGAGAUCCAUCCGCUCGGCCCUGGGCCGCUCGCGCCUGCGAGACAUCAGCACCCUGCCCCUGCCUCAGUCCCUGAAGAACUACCUGCAGUAUCAGUGA